AUGUCCGACCAAUCUGGAGACGCUGUCGUCAAGGCCACCACUCCUACCCCGCCAACCUCAGCCAUCUUCACCGAGAGGGAGCUUGCCAUGCUCGGAUGGGCCAUGCAGUCGCUCAAGUCAGGCCCUCCUGAGACCAAGCUGUUCACUGGCGAUGUCGCUACUCCAGUGAAGACUCCGAAGGCUCCCAAGACUCCCGCUGUUCGCAAGCCUCGGGGCAAGGCGACCAACAAGGCUAGCGACGAAGCUGCCAUCAAGGCCAGCGAUGAAGCUGCCAACAAGGCCAGCGAUGAGGAAGGCGCUGCGGCUGCUGGCGCUCCCGAGGAACCUGCUGCUGCCUCCGACGACGCUGCUGCUCCCGAGCCCAAGACCCCCAAGGCCAAGAAACCCGCCGCAUCGCGCAAGCGCAAGUCUCCUACCACCGGCGAGGGUGAGGACGGCGAGACCCCGAAGAAGCGAGGCCGCAAGACCAAGGCGCAGAAGGAGGCUGAGGCCGCAGCUGCCAAAGGCGCGCUCCCGGGCAUCGAUGUCGCCGCUGCUGUCAAGGACUCCAACGAUACCGAGGCGACGACGCUCAAAAACGAGGAGGCUAACGGUGAGGAGGUUAAGACUGAGGAAGAGGCUUGAGCAGAGCAACCUCACCACAUCAACAAGAAGCGCGAUCUCGAUCUCGAUCUCGAUCUCAGAUGACAGCUUCUUCCCAUACUACUCAUACUCAUCACAAAAUCGUCGCAUGUCUGCGCUCCCGCAAGGCUUGGAACGAUCUUCACGGUUUUUCUUACUCUUUGGCUUUCUCUUUACUCCAUCUCCCCUUUCUAUCUCUGCAUUUGGCUGGCGCUGGCACCGCUCCUCAACGCACAUCGUUGCUGCAGCGCAAUCAUCACGGUUGAUCUUGGGGUAUAACGGAAUGGAAUGGGGCUGGCUUCGUUGUAUCGAGGUCACGGCGUUUUGGGAGGUCGGAAACCUCGGAGGGACUUGAUACUGUAGCUUGAUUAGCUG